AUGGGAUCAUCUCAACCGCUAACGCCAUCCCUGACCUUAAUUGAUCAUCUAACAAGUGUUACCAGGAACCCCAGUAGGCUUCAUUCUUCCACACCCCAAAAAUGCUCCCAAAUCCACUAUGCAAAUAGUUGUCUUGCUCAUAGAUUCCCCUUUCUCCCUUAUUCUUUCUCUCCUCCUCCUCGUCCUUCUCUUCCGCUUUGCCCUCAUCUUUCUCUUUCUCGCCCUCCUCUUCCUUCUUUGUUCCCACUUGGUUUUCAUCCUCUUCGACCUUCUCUAACUUCAAUGGCCGCUCCUCAAGAUGCUGCUGCUGCUGCAAGUGACUCCUCCCAGCCUUCCGAAACUAAAACGAUAAGGGUUGUGAUAAAGGGUAUGGUUCAGGGUGUGUUCUAUAGGAACUGGACAGUAGAGAAUGCCACUGAGCUUGGCUUGAAAGGCUGGGUUAGGAACAAGAGGGCUGGCUCAGUGGAAGCUCUUUUCUCCGGGAGCCCAGAUUCUGUUCAGGAGAUGGAGCAGAGGUGUCGUCGUGGUCCGCCAGAAUCCAUGGUUACCGGCCUACAGGUGUUCCCUUCCGACGAUGAUCCCGGCACCGAAUUCGAGAAGAAACCGACAGUCUGAUCAGACAACGCUUAGAGAAGCCACCUUCAUUCUAUAUCGGCAUGUAUAGUAUUCUUCCCGUAGGAAUAAAGUAGCCAAGUCGUUGUCGUCGUCAGUUAAAUGGGAUGUUAAGGAAGAUUUU